GCGGGGUUUUCCCCCGACAUGCGGAACCUGCCCCUUUUUAUCGACGUUCCCUCCAAAAUCUUCAGUUGGUGGGAAGCUCGCCGACCUCUCGCCCCGCCGUCCUGGCGGCCCUGGGACCCUUUCCGGCGAGGCGUAGCAGGAAUUCCUGCAUUUUCCGAUGGCGUUCCGACGCCUCACCUCGCGGCUCGAACAUACUACUCGGCUCCCGAGCGUGCCGGUAUUGGCGAUGCGUGCAGUUUCUGAGAUAGGAGAAGGGUUGGGAUUUGGUUGUUGUCUUCGGAAGUUUAGCUGUGGAUCUCCACACAUCGAGAAGGUUCUCAGUCAUGGAGUAGAGGAUGGUGCUAUCAGCGAGAAGAUAGCUAGGAUAAGGAAGGAAUUGGAUGCUGCAAAGCGGAGUUUUCUCGACGUCCCGAACGCGAUCAAAAUGAUGCCGAAGAUGGACCCAAAGGGAAUUUAUGUUAAUAAAAAUUUGCGCUUGGAGAAUAUUCAAGUCUAUGGUUUUGAUUAUGACUACACCUUGGCUCAUUAUUCUGGAAACCUACAGAGUUUGAUAUAUGAUCUUGCAAAAGAGCACCUUGUUAAUGAGCAUAGGUAUCCCGAGAGCUGCAUGCAAUUUAAAUACGAUCCCUCCUUCCCAAUCAGAGGCCUAUACUAUGACAAACUAAAAGGAUGCCUUCUGAAAAUGGAUUUCUUUCAGUCAAUUGAACCUGAUGGUUGCUUCUUUGGUCGCCAUAAGCUAAGCAGGGAGGAAAUCAAUGAGAUAUAUGGAACACGCCAUAUUGGUCGAGACCAGGCACGAGAGCUUGUUGGUUUAAUGGAUCUUUUCUGUUUCAGUGAGGCUUGCCUUAUUGCCGACAUGGUGCAGCAUUUUGUUGAUGCAAAAUUGGAGUUUGAUGCUUGCUAUAUUUAUCAAGAUGUAAAUCGUGCAAUUCAACAUGUUCAUCAAAGUGGACUUGUUCAUCAGCAGAUUCUUUCCGAUCCUCAGAGAUAUUUAGUAAAAAACGGGCAGGUGCUACGUUUUCUGAAAAUGCUCAAGAACAAGGGGAAGAAACUUUUUUUACUGACAAAUUCACCAUAUCAUUUUGUAGAUGGUGGGAUGAGUUUUAUGCUUGAGGACACAACUGGAAGUGAAGGGUCUUGGAGGCAACUGUUUGACGUCAUAAUUGCUCAAGCUAAUAAGCCAAGCUUUUACACUUCAGAGCAUCCAUUCCGUUCUUAUGACACUGAGAAGGACACUCUAGCAUUUUCAAAAGUUGACGUUUUCCUUCCAAACCAAAUAUAUUACCAUGGGAACCUGAAAGCGUUUCUUCAGAUUACCAAGUGGCAUGGCCCUGAGGUCAUAUAUUUUGGUGAUCAUUUAUUCAGCGAUUUGAGAGGACCAUCAAAGGCUGGUUGGCGUACUGCAGCUAUUAUCCACGAGCUAGAAAAUGAGAUAAGGAUCCAGAAUGAGGACAGUUACAGAUGUCAACAGGCUAAAUAUCACAUUUUGCAAGAGCUUCUUGGAAAACUUCAAGCUUGUGUGGGAAAUUGCCAGAAGGAAGAGGCUUACAAUGCCCUAGUUAAUGAAUUGAAUGAUGAGAGACAGAGGGCUCGUUCAGCCAUGAGGGCAAUGUUCAAUCGUUUCUUUGGUGCAACCUUCGUAACAGACACUGGGCAAGAAUCUGCUUUUGCAUACAACAUUCAGCAGUAUGCGGACGUUUACACUAGCAAACCAGAGAACUUUUUGUUUUAUCCUCCUGAAGCUUGGUUACAUGCACCCUUUGAUAUCAAAAUCAUGCCACAUCAUGUGAAGGUUCCCGCGAGCUUGUUUAAGGCUUGAUCUGUGGCUGGCUGCAAACAGUAGAGAACCUAGGAUGUUGGUGAGGUGUGGUUUUAUGAUUAUUUUCAGCCAGCCGAAAUUGAACCGAUCUGUCAUAACCGUCUGCUAUGAUGGGCCUGGUUAUCAAUCAAAUAAGGCGGUCUGUUGGUAAAUGGAGGAUGAAUUUUUUUUGUUCAAGAGGGAGUAAAUCAGUUGGAAUUUGAUCCAUAAGCUGGUUUAAGAUACAAAGUGGCUGAUCAAAAUGCUGAAAAGAAAAUAAAUUUUAUUUGGGAUGAAAAGGACCAGUUACGGCAUGUAGGUGGAUCAGGUUGCAUGGGCACAGGAAACUCAUGAAGGUGAGAUCAGUGGGAGGCCAAUUGACCCGGUGGAAAGGCCGGUGGCGUGACCUUAGUGCUGUUGUUUGACCAUGGAUGACCAGUUUGGCCCUGUGUUUUGAUGCUAUUUAGGUAGAUGCUGACGUCUGUAUAUGUUUGGAUUCAUUAAGGUAGACAGUGACCUCUUGAUAUUGGUACGGCGUUCUCAACAAAAGUAGAUUUCUGUAUGCUUCAGGUGUAUCAUCUAUGGUGUCGUUAAUAAAAUAGAACCGGAGUUAUGCAGUAGAACGUCGUAAUAAAUGAAUAGUUUAAUGGCUUGGAGC